CUUCCAAACACUACAGUUAAAUCAGUUAUGAUUAUUCACACAUACAUUUGUAAUAAUCAGUGAAAACUCACCAAGUUCUGAAGUCAUUUUGAAAUCCCCACGUGAAAAGGAAGUGGUUUCGUUUCAGUAUUUAUUUUGCGCAUGCUCAAUCAUCAUUUCCGGAUCCGAAAAUUUGAAAAGUCAUUUCAGGAUGCCGCAAUAUAAAGUUAGUGUAAAAUGGGGCAAGGAGAAGUUUAAGGAUGUUGACUGUAACACAGAUGAAGCACCUGUGGAAUUCAAGGCCACCUUAUUUUCACUAUCUGGGGUACAGCCUGACAGACAGAAAGUUAUGAUGAAAGGCAUUACACUUAAAGAUGACAGUUGGGGAACACUAAAGUUAAAAGAUGGUGUGACAUUUCUGAUGAUGGGCAGUGCUGAUGCUUUACCAGAAGCUCCAGUUGAGAGACCUAAAUUUAUGGAAGACAUGACAGAGGCUCAGCUAAAUACUGCUCUUGACCUGCCAGCUGGACUGACCAACUUGGGGAACACAUGCUAUAUGAAUGCCACCCUCCAGUGUCUGAGAGCUGUGCCAGAACUAAAGGAGGCCCUAGAGAGAUACAAAGGAAGUAUGACCAUGGGUGAAGCAGUCAUACCUGCACAGGGUAUCACUGCAGGCAUGAGAGAUCUGUUUAAAACCAUGGAGGCAUCUGGGGAACCUAUCCCACCUUUCAUUUUUCUGCAACGCAUGCACACGGCUUUCCCCCAGUUUGCGGAGAAGUCAGAGCAAGGUGGAGGCUUUGCCCAACAGGAUGCCAAUGAAUGUUGGACAGAGAUGGUGAGGUGUCUCCAGCAGAAACUACCAGGUUCCCCUGAAGAACAACAGGGGGAUGGUGCAAGUUCUAAAGGCUUCAUAGAUCAAUACAUGAAAGGAGAGUUUGCAGUCAGUAUGAAGUGCUCUGAGGCUGAAGAGGAAGAACCAGUUCAGACAUCAGAAACAUUCUACCAACUUAGCUGCUUCAUUAAUCAAGAGGUGAAAUACAUGCAUACAGGGCUUAAAAAUAGAUUAGCAGAAAAUAUCACCAAAAAUUCUCCAUCUUUAGGCAGGGAUGCUGUAUAUGUUAAAUCUAGUAAAAUUUCAAGACUACCAGCUUAUCUUUCCAUACAAUUUGUUAGAUUUUAUUUCAAAGAGAAGGAAGCUGUGAAUGCCAAGAUAUUAAAGGAUGUGAAAUUCCCAAUGACCUUAGAUGUGUUUGACCUGUGCUCAGAGGAUCUGCAACAAAAACUGAAACCAAUGAGAGAUAGGUUCAAAGAGGAAGAGGAUAGACUAGUUGAGAUAGCCGACAAGGCCAAACAAGAAGGUGUUAAAGUGGAAGAUAUUAGAGGAGAAACUAAAUCACUUCCCUACUCAUUUCCAGAUGAGAAGGGUUCCAACAACAGCGGUUACUAUGAGCUGACAGCUGUACUAACCCAUAGAGGACGCACCAGCUCUAGUGGACAUUAUGUGGCUUGGGUCAGACGAAAGGAAGAUGAGUGGAUAAUGUUUGAUGAUGACAAUGUAAAUGGAGUGACAACGGAAGAUAUUUUGAAACUGUCUGGUGGAGGUGACUGGCAUUGUGCCUAUGUUUUACUAUACGCCCCUAAGGUACUACAGGUCCCCAUCAAUCCCCCAAAGAUAGAGACCAAACCUACAGAAGCUGCCACUGAAACAACUGCCAAAAUGGAUACAUCAUAAAUCAUUAUGAUUCAAAUAUGAAAUCAGUUAUUUAAGAAGAUGCCAUUCAACAUUGAACUAUUCUACCACAAAAUAUGUUGUAUAUUGAAAUUGAAUUGCUGAAGUAAAGGAGGUGUUGCUGUUCCCAGAAUCUUUUGUUCAAGUUUCAAGUGAUUACUUUAUUGGUAGAUAACUUAAUAUGAAAAUACCAUAAUGCGCCAAACUUGUGAUCUGCCUUUUGCCUACCUCAACUUGUUGAUCUACUAUGUGACAUUCAUUCUCUCAUUUUACCUUAUCAUUUCUUCCUAAUGUUUAUGUGGCAGGCCCAUAGCUAGGAUUUUCCAAGAGGUUCAUCUAAAGGGAAAGUGUUUGUGAAAACUCUCCAAACCUCUUGGGAAUUAGUACACUUUUUAAUUCAAGGCUGAUUUCCAAAAUAGCAAUCUUAAAAA